AUGAUUGAACCCUUCCAGACCACCUUCGCGGUCCCCAUGACCUGUGAGGGCUGUGUGAAAGAUAUCUCCAGUACCCUCAGCAAGCUCGAGGGAAUCAACAAAGUCGAUGCUAGUUUGAAAGAACAGCUCGUAUUUAUCGAAGGCACGGCGCCACCCAGUUCCAUCGUUUCCGCGAUUCAGGCUACGGGUCGCGAUGCAAUUCUACGGGGUAGUGGGACCUCCAACAGUUCCGCUGUUUGCAUUCUCGAGACGCAUGCGACUUCGGCCACGAAUAAGAUCCGUGGAUUGGCGCGUAUGGUGCAGGUCUCGUCCAACAUGACACUUGUGGAUCUGACCAUUAACGGACUGGCGCCGGGCAAAUACUGGGCCACGGUGCGCGAGGCCGGAGAUAUUUCACAGGGAGCCGCGUCUACCGGGGGCAUCUGGGAGUCAUUGAAGGCUACAGUGUUGGGAUCGGAGGCGGCCAAGGAGCCACGCGGAGUGUUUGGAACAGUGGAUGUGGACGAGAAGGGACGAGGCAAUGUCUUCCUGGACCGACCAUUGGCGGUUUGGGAGAUGAUUGGACGGAGUAUGGUGGUGUCGAAGAGCAAAGAGGGCCCGUUCCGAAAGGAAGACCCGGAUACAUUGGUUGGAGUGAUUGCUCGGAGUGCGGGUGUGUGGGAUAAUGAUAAGAUGGUCUGUUCUUGCUCCGGGAAGAAUGUGUGGCAGGAGCGUCAGGAACAGGUGUCUCAGGGGAUGGUUUAA